CGGGCUCGCAGGCCCAGGGUGUAUUAACGGGGGGCAGCCCGGUCCCGCCUCAUGAGCUGGUUCAGAUGCGGAACCCGCCCGCUGUCACCCUGCAGCUUCCCCUAGGGUCUUGCCCUGCGGCCCCCGCUGCGCGCCCGGGCCAGGUUCCGGCAGCCGCCGGCUCCGCCCCGGCAGGGCGGGCCCUGAGCCCGCGCCCAGCCCCCCGGAGGCGGCCCGGCCGCGGGGAGCUGCCGGCUGCCGAGGCUGGCUCAGUGCGGCUCGGGCUGCGGUGUGGGGAGCCUCGCUGAGCGGAGCCCGGGCACUGCAGGAGACGCUCCCAGCCCCCGCCGGCAAAUGGCCCUUCGGAGCGCAGCGCAGCCCCGGGCCCGCAGAGCGUCCGCCCCCCGCCGCGCGGAGUGAUGGGCAACACGGCGCACAAGAGUCUGCCAGACACAAGUCACCAGACUCGCUCUGUGUCCAGCAGACCUUACUACACGUUGCCCAACAGCAGCCAUGAAAGGCGCUCUCUCCUCACUAUCGCGGAGCCCCCGCGUUUCCACUCCCAAGCCAAGGGCAAGAAUGUCCGUCUGGAUGCCCACUCCCGCAAGGCCACCCGGAGAAAUAGCUUCUGCAAUGGGGUCACUUUCACCAACCGGCCCAUUCACCUCUAUGAGAAGGUGCGGCUCAAGCUAGUGGCCGUGCACCAUGGGUGGAGCGGGGCACUUCGCUUUGGCUUCACCAUCCACGACCCAUCACAGAUGAGCUCUGAUGACAUACCAAAGUAUGCCUGCCCCGACUUGGUGACUCGACCUGGAUUCUGGGCAAAAGCUUUGCCAGAGAGGUUUGCACUGAGGGACAAUAUCCUGGGAUUCUGGGUCGACCGCCAUGGGAGAGUCUUCUAUAGUAUUAACGAUGAGGAGCCAAUAUUGUUUCACUGUGGUAUUAAAGUCUCUGGGCCUCUCUGGGGGCUGAUAGAUGUCUAUGGAAUUACCCAUGAAGUGCAAAUGCUAGAUAGCAUGUUGGCAGAGACCAUGACCUCUGCCCACCUCAGUAGUGCACGACUGAGCACUUGCCUUCCUCAGAGCAGUCACGAUUCCGCCAACUUCAAUAACAACGAACUAGAGAACAACCAAGUGGUGGCCAAAAUUGCUAACCUAAAUUUGAGUCGGGUGCCGGGGCUUUCAGUGGAUAACCACAUAAUCCCCUGUUGCCCAAACAGGCGGCAGCGUGCCCAAGGUGUGCCUGCCUUUCUGGAUACGGAUCUGCGUUUCCACCCCAUCCGCGGGCCUGAUGUUACCUUUUCUCAGGACCGCAUGGUGGCGUGCACCAAUUGGCAAGAAAGCAAUAGGACUUUGGUGUUUUCUGACCGGCCUUUGCACAUUGGUGAAAGCCUCUUUGUGGAAAUAGGACUCCUAGAGUUGCCAUAUCAUGGGGCCCUUUCGUUUGGCAUCACUUCUUGUGAUCCAGGUACUUUACGGACAACUGAGCUCCCAGCGGAUCCGGACUUUCUCUUGGACCGCAAGGAGUACUGGGUCGUUUACCGAGCAUUCCCAGUCUUCAGCAGCGGCGACAUCCUUAGCUUCAUGGUCUUGCCAAACGGAGAAGUGCACCAUGGGAUGAAUGGAGUCAGCCGAGGGAUGCUUAUGUGCGUGGACACCUCACAAUCUCUCUGGGUGUUUUUCACAAUCCAUGGUGUAAUCAACCAGCUCAAAAUAUUAGGCACUGUCCAGUCCAGCCCAGGGACUACCUCUCCCUCAGGAUCCCCUGGAGGCUCACAGUAUGACAGUGACUCAGAUAUGGCCUUCAGCGUGAAUAGGUCCUCAUCUGCUUCAGAGUCAUCACUAGUGACUGCUCCAAGUUCCCCUCUGAGUCCCCCCGUCUCUCCCGUCUUUCCCCCUCCAGAGGCCUCGAGCAGCAAGAACGGGGAGUGCACUGUCUGCUUCGACAGUGAAGUGGACACGGUGAUCUACACCUGCGGACAUAUGUGCCUGUGCAACACCUGUGGUCUUAAGCUGAAGAAGCAACUCAAUGCCUGCUGCCCAAUCUGCCGACGAGUCAUCAAAGAUGUUAUUAAAAUAUACCGCCCUUGAUCUCACCCUCCCUCAGGGCAUGGGAGGAAAGAACUCUGCUAGCAGUAACCAUGCCUUUCCAUCCCUGCUUAUGGGUUAUCAUGCUGGUCGGUCGUUACCCAGUGGCUCACUGUCUGUAUUUCCAUAUUUGACUGGUAGAACAAAUCAGGGAUAUAACUGAGCUGAGGAGCUCUCUGGUCUGAAUGGGGCCUGAAGCUAAGGCUUCCAAGUAGACAAGGCUUCAAAAAGAUGCUGCUCCAUGAAGCCUGCCAGCAAAUUGCUGGUAUGGGCCCAUGCUAACUGCAAAAGAGAAAUUUCUUGUGCAAUGGCUUUUUUUUUUUUUUUUUUAAGGGAGGGUGUGCUGGUGUGGGGAGGGAGUUUAUUAAUCUUUAUGGCGUCUCCUGGGUCAGGAGCUCCUGCUUUCACACCCAGGGAGUGAAAACUUAAACUGCCACUGUACUUGCUGGGGGGAUAGUGCUUCUCCAGACAGCACCAUGUGAUGGAACAGAGUCAGACUCAGCCCUAGGAUAGUAGCUAAAGGUGGAACUGAAUGCUUUUUAUAUCAUAAAAAGAAUAAAAAUAUUAAAUCCCAAAUCAGGGACUGAAUAUAGGUGUAGACUACAAAUUACACUUCAGAACAAAGUAGUUUAGAAAUCAGGUCCUCAUUUACUUACCCCAAGACCUGAACUCUGUAGUGUCAACAACUGUACCAGGAUAAUGAGUGCCCAAAGCAGUCUGAGGUGUCUGUAUUGUCACUAGCUCUUGCAGUGGGAACACAAAACCUGAGCUUGUGCAUAUGUAAAGCACCUUUUGCAUUCACCUUCUUAAAGGAAUUGGGAGGGGAAUGCAGGAGAGAGGACUACAUGCAUAUUAGGAGCAAAGAAUCCAACUUCCUAAGACUCAAUAUAGCAGUAGACUGGCUGAGGCCAGACUUUGGCACUAGCAAGGGGAGAAACUAAUACAAUCUAUUUUAGAUCCUUAUACAGUCAAAGCAACUGUAGCAAUUUAGUUAAUAGGCCUUUAAAUGUUUUUACUGGAGUUAUUUUCAUAAUAGUCUGUUACCACCUGGCCUUCGAUCACAAGAGAGAGACACACCGAGCUACAUUAUCUAAGCCUAAAGGAAAGGAAAUGAGCAGGUAACUAAUGCAUGCAGCUAACACCGUUUGCACAAGAGGGAGAGAAAGCUAUAAUAUUCCUGUAAUUGUAAAAUGUUUUAUAUAAAAUAGAUUGCAUUGCUCUUCCCUAUAAAACAGUAUCUUCAUGGGUCAUCUAACAGCUGCUAAGCACGCAAAGUCAUUUGUGACUUAAGUCCCUUUUAACCUCUUCUUUGCAGCCUACACCUUAGCAUGGUACUUACAUCUUUCCCCACUGGUAGUAAAAUGUCUUACAGAAACCUCGUGGAGUUGAAGUCACUAAAUGCAGUGGCGGCUAUAAGCUAUUGUACCCAGGCAUCUGUGAGCAAUGGCAGCAAGGUUGUACUCUCACCAGAGAGGCUGACAGUGCAACAUUCAGUAUUUCGAAGUUCCAGAAAGUUUCCCUUUUGUCCUUAAAGUGUUGUGUAAAAGUACAAUUUAAUUUGCAUUCUCCUCUGCUCAAGGUUUUAUCCACAAAGCAUGCAACGAGCUAGGCUGUCUCUGCCCUGGCAGGAAAUCCUGUUAUUUUAGUGAGCAAUUCAGGGCAUCUAAUUGACAUUAACAAACAUCUCACUUGGCAUUACCUCCUGAAAACCAGAUUGAAGGCUAUUAUUACAUGCUGAGAUUUAAAAGGUAAAUGGAUUUCAGUUUUCAUUUUAGACAACUAUAAACUACAGAAGUCUGCCUGGGAUGUAAAACCUGCUACUACAAUGACGUGAGGUGAGGUAAGGUAGGUGUAGCUCUACUUACUUCAUGUUGGCUCUGUCUUUUGUACCCCAGAAUGGACACAUCUGUAUGCCCAUCUCUGCUUUCUCUUAGUCAGAUCAUAGAAAAAGCCUGGGGGGUGACUUUCUUACUCAGCUCUGUGCUAGUAGCAGCCAAGCUCAUGUACACACAGAAGUGAUGAGGAUGCAGUCAUGAUGGCCGAGAUGGAAAUGAGGCAUGUCUGAUUCCAGCAUAGUGAUUGUUGACAGCCCUGUGUGUAACAGCUGCUUUCUCAGGAGAGGUGCAUUUAUCAAUCUAGAAAUGAAAACAGAACAGUCACAUGCACCACAGGGCUAGAGUAGCUGAACCCUGAGAAGCCAUUUGAGGUUGUUUAUUUCUUUGGGUCUCCUCCUCUGGCCUGGUUUCAUUCCACCUUCACUUUGUUGCUCUCAGUCUUUGGCUGUUCUUGACCUGGAUGCUUUAACUGUAGCACUUCACAGUUGAGUGGCAUCAGGAAACUUGCUUUGAUCUGCCCAGCUCAUGCUUUGGAAGCUGGUGGUGGAAUAAAAGAGCUCAGAUGGAGAUUGAUCCCUUUGAAGCAUUUCUCAUUAUGUAACCAGUAACCAUAAUCUAGGUGUCCUCCUUCCCCUUUGGGUUUUUUCGUGAUGUGCAGCUGUUGAAGUACCUAAACAGGAGGAAGAGGAAAACUCUUUCUUGAAGAAUAUUAGAGUAGCAGCUGCAGCCUUAGCUCAGAUCUCAUGCACUGCAUUUCUAAACUAGCACCCUGGCUGACCUGAUUUGAGAUUUCAAAAGAGGAUUCAUUAGGCAGAUGCUGGCUACUUGGGGCCUCACCAUGCUGCACAAUAAACAUAACAACAAACGGCACCCCUUAAACUAUCAACCAACUGCAAAACUUCAGCUUAAAGACAGGAGCAGAUCUAGACCUGGUGUAAACCAUCAUAGCUUUGGAGGGACUGAGCUAAUGAUAACCUACAGCAGCUGAAGUCCUGCCACUCCCUUGGCACUUCAGAUUAAACAUUGCAACAGAGGACAGCAAUUGCAUUGCCUCUUGUGGAGGCUUCCAAGUUCUUGUAGCAGCAGUUGAGCAUGGAUUUUCUGUGUUUUGCAGCACAAAUGAAUCCUUGAACCCCACAGUAGGGAAAAAAAAUAGGUUUGGCUUUGGCUUUAGUAUUCUACUCUCUCAGUAUGCUAAUGAGCACUAGUUCAGCAGAUGUGAGAUAGAAAAGUUUCUGGCCAAAGACAGGCCAAAUGCAUUAGACUCCACCUUAGGAGCACUGAAUACCAUUAGUUGGGGUGGAUUCUGAGGUCUCUGGAUUCGGAAGAUCUUAAUGGGAGAUUGCAAGUCACCAUUUUGAUGCCUUAAGCCCAGUGGUAGAAUAUCCCCUUCACAGUCCAACGGUUAGGGCCAGGACAUUGUCCCUGGGAGCUGCUCUCUCCGAUUGUGGGUUAGGUAGGGAAGGUACUUACCAGACCUUGGCGUGUCUGGUUCAACUGGUCUCCAGUUACAGAAUCCCAGAUUCCAAGCCCCGUCACUGCUGUUCUUGAGAAAAGAGGGAAAUAGCAUGCUGCUUAUGCUCACAGAACACGGGAUGGCUGUAAAUCAAACUUGAUGGAAUUCCUUGGGAAUCUGCCCUUUCAACAACUAGAUUCAGGAGGGCCUGAUCCUUGUUUAAAAAUCACAGCCUCAACAGAGACAGGGCGAGGGAGAGACGGAGACUUGCAUAGAUUUGGGAACUGUCAUGGCUCCAUUAAGUCAAUGGCACUAUGACAGUUUACACCAGCUGAAGAUCUGGCCCCACUGACUUUAAAAACUGCGUGUAGUAUGUUUGUCAUAGUGCUUUGGCUCAGUAUGAUAGAACCAAGAUGUAGUCUAGGGCCACUAACCCAGCCACCUCCAUUGCAUGUUAUUUGGCAAAAUGGUGCAAAACACAAAUGAGCAUUCCCUGCUUUGCUGUUCCCAGGUGGCUCUCCCAAACCUAUUCCUUAAAUUCACUCAUCCCAGUGUCCAUCCUAUUGCCUUGGCCCCUGCCACCAGCAGUGUUUUUGGCUUACAUCUUUUUCAGAUGAUGGGUCAAUGCAGGGGACAGAGCUGGGAAGAGAAAACGUUGCACAGGUUUAAAUUCCCAGAAUAGCAGCUGCAAAAGAUUUCCAAAAGGGCGGCAUCCAGCAAAGACUGAGAGGCUCAUUCAUUCAGGGUAAUUAAGCUAGUUUAAUGUCCAGAGUGUGGCUGUGCCGUGGAUUGUGAAAUGAGCAUUUGUGGACGUGUAUCCCUACCUAUUCCGGUUGGUUGAGGAUUUUCCAAAGGAGAUCCCAAGAGGCCUCUGAGAUUCCCAGGAAGAAGGUGGCCUCUCAUAGGAAUUUAAUUGUUUCUACUUGUAUUGCUAUAUAUAUAUUUUUUAGUCUGAUAUGAUUGUACAGAAGAUCUGUUUGUGCCUUAUAAGGGUGUCUGUGCACUUUUUAUCCUUUUUAAAGCAACUUUAAAAAAUUUGAAAAAAAUUAACAUGGAUCAAUGGUAAUUUUAUAGAAUUUUGUGUUCACUGAAAAUCCUGCUUUUUUCAUAUUGGAGUGAAAAUUGUUUCUAUGGAUUCCCCCCUCCCACCUUGGUUUAAAAAAAAAAAAGCAGCAUUUUUAUUUUCUCAAUUUCUAAAACAGUUAAUCUUGUAUUGUUACUUUUAAAGCAGAUUGUUGGGGGUGGGGGAAAGGGGCACGGGGGAGGGGUUUGCAUUUCUCCAUGUCUAUAUUCUAUAGCAUAGUGUUCUGUGCUGUGUGUUUUAUUUUUGUCUGUUUACCUGUUUUACAUUAAUAUAAUUUUACCUGAUUAUGAAACAAAUAAAACACUGUCUUGUACAAGUUC